GUCCAGUCGCAGGGAGCACCUCGAAUCAUCCGCGAGGUUUUCUCACUUGAGACCCCCACAAGCCGGGCCUUAAAAAGAAACUGGCACCAUGGAGACGUCCUUUUACGCACCGGAGCGGCGGCGCGUGCCUGUGGCCGCAGCGCAGCCUGCGCGCGCACACGCACCUGAAGAACCCAGACUGACGGGGUAGCCCGGGUUUGUCCUCCUGAAGGAGAAGAAAAAGUCGUGCGGAGACUUUUGUCACCAUCCAGCUCCUCACCUUUCAUCCUCUCCUUCGUUUUCCUCCAACGGGAGAAGAGAAUAGUGUGAGAAACCCGGCGAGGCAACGUGGGAAAGAGGAAGACCAUGUACCAAACGCUGCUCCUUUCCUCCUCCCUCUUCAUCCUCCAUGUGAUGGGCACUCCCCAGUUCUUGGCUCACCAUGGGAGGAGAGUGUGCCGCCAGGACCACCGUCACACCGUAGUCAUGACGACGGAGUCAUACGUUCAGCCGGUGCACAAGCCCUACAUCACCCUGUGUCAGGGCCAUCGCCUCUGCAGUACCUACAAGACCACAUACUCUCUGGCGUACCGGCAGGUGAGCAGAACCGCCUCACCAUCGCAGUCCUACCCAGAAUGCUGCCCGGGCUGGCGAAGACUUCACUCUCACAGCUGCAACCAAGCUGUGUGUGGCCGGCCUUGUGUUAAUGGUGGUACUUGCUUAAGACCCAACCAGUGUGCAUGUCCUCUUGGCUGGAUGGGACAUCAGUGUCAAACAGACGUGGACGAGUGCCAGGGGAGGCAUCCCUGCGACCAACAGUGCGUGAACACAGCUGGCAGCUACAGAUGUGUGUGCAGAGAGGGCUUCAGGCUCGCCGGAGACGGACGUUCCUGUCAGAGCCUUCCUCCUGCCUCUCCUCCUCCUCCUUCUUCUUCUCCUCCUCCUCCUCCUCCACCUCCCUCCCACACCAGCCAGACAACAGUGGGUGGUCAAACCGAUACGGAUGGGAGGCUCAGCCUGCUGGACAACGUUACGGAGGAGGUCCAGAGCCUGAGGAACAGAGUAGAGCUCCUGGAAAAGAAAUUGCAGUUGGCACUGGCUCCCUUCAACAGCUUCUUCCCAAUGUCACUGGACGAUUUCAUGUCAGAGAAAACCACAUUACUGUCACACUCCUUCCGACAACUGGACCGGAUCGACUCUCUCAGCGAGCAGAUUGGUUUUCUGGAGGAGCGCCUCGGCACGUGUGAGCAGCCACACUCCGAGUCAAACACCAUGAGAGCUAACCUUCCCAGAAAAGAGACCAACUGCAGGCCUGAUAAAUAAAAAUCCAAUAACUUCAUGAAAUCUUUUAUCAGUAAUCCAAUAAUCUCUUUGCCUAAUACAUGAUAAAACAAAAUGGUACAUUGAAACUACAUUAAGUGAUAUAUUUGCUCUUAAAGUUUAAUGAGAUUAGGGCAGUAAAGUGAAGAUGACAUAACUGAUACAAGUGCAAACUUAAGUUAUUAGUUUUGAAGGCACUUAAUGAUUGAAUAAACUGAGAUUUGGACCCUUUCCAGUGGGAUUCUCUGGUGGGGAACUGGGAGACCAGGUUUUCAGUCAGGACAUUUUAUUUUGAAAUCAAAUCUAUCUUUGCAUGCUCUUUACAUUUCUGUCCAAAUCCCAGCCAGCAUGUUUAUGUGAGGCCCCUUAUGAGUUAGAAUUAGGCAGCAAAAUGGGUCCCACCUGGGUUCCUCCGCUGUGAGGGUGGGAUGUACCUGGAUUUAGGCGAGGCCCCGAGGUAUAUAUUAUUGAAACUGUAUAGCACCCACACAAAUGUGCCCCUUUCAUAGUCCAUGCCCAUUUGGCAGACUUGUAUCCCUCAUGAACCCCUUAUUUUUGGCCUGAAACCACAUUGACCAGAUUGGAUCCAUGCCAUUUUCCCCUUUUAAGUCCGGGCCCACUCUAUACCAAAGUGGGCCACUUUUAACCCAGAUGGGGCCCACAUGGAGAUGCUGGCUGGGACAUGGAUUCAAAUCAUUAUGUUAAUAAUUUUGCCUCAAACCUUGGGCUUCAUUGAAGGCUUUUUUAUUUAAUUGUAAGAAACUCGAUGACGCAAUGCAUCAGGUCUUAAUCAGCGAUUACUUUCUUGUGUAUUACAAACACAAUUCCUUCCCAAAAUGAGAAAAUCUAAUAGCAACGAAACAUCCCUUGAAUUGGGGUAACAGCUGUGGGCAGGAAGAAGAGCAGCUAGAUCAAAAAGUGCAUAAUUAAAACUCCACCUCUUGUUUGCUGCCCAUUGUAGUAACAUUUUCCAUGUUCACUGUUGCAGGUUCCUGCCAAGAGAAUUAGCUGCUGAGCACGGCUGGGAUUAUUUCAGUGACCGAGAAUGUGCGCACCAAGAUGGCUUAAGUCUACACGAAAGGGACAGCAGACGGCAGAAAGCAGCAUCGGUCUUUGUUAUGCUGUGAUGCAACCAUUGAACAAAUCUGUGAUUUUUCACUGUUCCUGACAGGUUCACGUUUUCUUCUGAAAACCUGUCAAGUUCUUGAUUUUUGCAGCAGAAACCCGCGGCAGGGUUGGUUUCACCGUUACAUUGCGGCUGCAGCUUCUAAAUCAAACUCCACAGAGAUUAAAUGUCAAAGAAACCACUUAGUUUCUGUGUUUGUUUGGAAUCAGUGCAGCCUGUCCCGUUUGGUUGAUGUGGACAACUGUAUUUAUCUAUUUAAAUGAUGUACUUUGAGUAAUUUCUUAGUGCUCCAAGAGACAUUUUCACAAAGUUUUGUAACAUUUUGUAAUAAAAAAUCUUAAACGAGA